AUGGCGAUUUUCUUGUAUAUCUGCUCUUUGCUAUCUCUAGCAUCUGCUUCUACGGUGGUAGAUCUCGGCUAUGCUAGCUAUGAAGGUCGCACACUAUCCACCGGAGUCACACAGUGGCUUGGCAUGCGAUUUGCUGCUCCCCCUGUAGGUGAUCUGCGAUUUGCUGCCCCGCAGGAUCCUUUGACUGUGAAGGGAAUACAGCAAGCAACCGAGCAUGGAAGUAUAUGCAUCCCCACAGCAGCAAGCGAAGGCCGGACAGUCCCAGCAGGAACAUCAGAAGAUUGUCUGUUCCUCGAUAUAUAUGCUCCCACAGCCGCAGCAAAAGGCUCAAGCAAACUGCCUGUCUAUUUCUUUAUCCAAGGAGGAGGCUUUGCACUUAAUUCAAAUGCCAACUAUAACGGCACUGGGUUGAUCAAGGCAUCCGGAAACAAUAUGGUCGUGGUCACUUUCAACUAUCGGGUUGGACCGUACGGAUUUCUUGCCGGAGAUGAGGUUGAAAAAGGAGCCAGUCUGAACAAUGGUCUGAAAGACCAACGCAAGGCCUUGAAGUGGGUCCAGGAGCAUAUCAGCAAAUUUGGCGGAGACCCUAAACAUGUUGUCAUUGGCGGUGAUAGUGCAGGUGCUGCCUCGGUGACUCUCAUGCUCUCGGCGUAUGGUGGCAGAGACGAAGGCCUGUUUGUUGCCGCAGCUGCAGAGUCACAGAGCUUUGCCCAGAUGCUCAACGUCACCGAAAGUCAAUUUGCAUACGACGCGCUGGUAACUGCAACUGCAUGUGACAGUAGUCAAAAUACCCUGGCAUGUCUGCGCAACCUCGAUGUCAAUGCUUUGCAGCAGAAGAACAUCAACAGACCAUACCCAGGAGCAAAGGGGAAGCCGUUAUACCUGUAUAGCCCCACAAUCGAUGAGGAUCUGGUGCCAGACUACACGUACCGCCUCUUCCAUGAAGGCAAAUUCAUCAAGGUACCUGUGAUAUUUGGCGAUGACACCAACGAAGGCACGAAAUUCGUUCCCAAGAGCACCUCCAGUGUCGAUGAAGCAGAUACGUUCAUCCAGAACCAAUUUCCAGCAAUAACACAGGCCCAACUUGCCAAGCUCAACAGUAUAUAUCUUACUCCAAACCAGAAGGAGACAUUCCCUGGCGCUGGGGCCUACUGGAGGCCGGCAAGCACGGCGUACGGCGAAAUACGUUACAUCUGUCCCGGAAUUGACUUGUCUUCUAUUUACGUAGCGGCAGGUGUCCCAAGCUGGAACUACCACUACGCAGUUCAGGACCCCGCCAACGAGAGCUCGGGAGUGGGCACACAUCACACCAUCGAAGUCAAUGCGAUCUGGGGUCCGACCAAUACUAACCAAAAAGCUCCAGCUUCGUACUACACUACCAACGCACCCAUCGUGCCUGUGAUGCAGGGUUACUGGACAAGCUUCAUUACGUCUCUAGAUCCGAACACCAAACGUCUUCCUUCCAGUCCGAAAUGGCAGACCUGGGACCAAGGUGGUGAUGCAUAUCAGCGGAUUUUCAUUCGAACCAACGAGACGAAGAUGGAGACGGUGUCACAAGCACAGAGAAGCCGAUGUGAAUAUUUGACUAGCAUUGGUCUUGAUUUGAAGCAGUAG